UUGUACAUUUAUUGUUUUUGUUCGCUUUUCUUGUCGUUACUUUAUUAACAGAGGUAUCUUUUUACGCUUAUAAACUGAAUUAAGGGCAUGUGAAUCAAUAAUAGAAACGUUACAAAGUUUUUUGUAACUAACUGGCUACCUAAACAUAUGAACGCUACAGGCUACCGUAUUAAAUGCAUAGGUGUGUUCGUCUUCACGCGGCGCUGCGCAGACUGAUCGGCAUUUGAUAUCAAAGUAACGCGAGAGUUACUCAGUACCAGUGCUUACGACUCGCUCUCGCGUUACGUAAAUGUCAUAGGCGGCCAGCCUGCGCAGAGUCGCGUGAAGUGAAAACCAUCAACUGGCAAAUAAAAUGCGAUUUCCACAGUAAAUAUUAAGUUUUUUUGUUGUUGCUGUUUUUCUUUUUACGCUGUGUGGUUGAACUGUCGAAAAUGAGUUCGGAAUUUUCAUUGAAACAGUAGUUCAGACGAACAACACCAGGCGCAGACGGAGACAUGGGCGACACGGAGAAUGUCACAAGAUCUGCUGAGUAUAUUGGCUCAUUUCCUGUGGAUGACAUUUGUCUGGAUGAUCAAAUCCACCAGCUGCACACUCAGCUCAAGUCCCUCAAGGGAUGCAAAAGCAGGCAAACAGUUUUAUUAAAAUUCUCAGUCAAAGGAGUCAAAGUUUUUGAUGAAGAUGAAACGAAGCUCUUGAUGGCUCAUGCCAUGAGUCGAGUCUCGCUGACCACUGCCCGUCCCUCUGAUGCCCAGUUUGCCUUCGUCUCCCAUAAUCCUGGAAACUCUGACGUCCAGCUUUACUGCCAUCUGUUCCGAGCGAGGCACGCCCGAGCUGCCCAGUUUCUGAACCUGCUGCUGUGCCGCUGUUUUCAACUGUAUUUUUUGGAGAAGCAUCCAGAAGAGGCCCAGGCUAAGCAGUCGGUCAAGAAACCUCCUCAAAUGCCAUCGUUGCUCAAUCAAGGCUUCCCUCUCAGCGUCAGUGCUUUGGUGUCUUUCCGCCGGGCCCCGACUCAAGGUCUGCUGCCUGGGGAAAAGGUUGUCUCGGAACCAAAUCCAGAGCUCGUGAGCAGUCCAGAGGAGGGCCCUACUUCGUCCCCAACGUUAGUUCGUAAAAUGGCGAUCCGGACCAAAGCACUGCGUUCUGGAGCGUAUCGCUCGUUUACCUUUACUCCCCUCAAACAGCGCCAACAGCAGGAUAAACUGAAUGCUCCUCAAGAAAAGGGUCCGAAAAGUCCAGAAGCAUGCAGUCCUCGGACUCCCAGUUUGGCCGAGACCGAAGAAGCGCUGGCUCAGGCGGUGUGGUGUUGGGCUGGCGUCUCUAGUGAUUGCAGCUCAGCACUGCUUGAAGAUGAUGUGCUUGGUGCCUUUCUUCUUUACCAUCAUCCACAAAAGCCCAACCAGGGAUCGCUUAUAAUCCGCUUUCCAUCCAGCAAGGUAGCAUAUGCUGUUAAAAACUCCAAAGGGAAAUUCCGUCUUGAGAAAUGCCAGGUUAAGUUUGAAAGUCUUGUUGCUUUGAUCACACACUACACGGAAGUUGAUGAUGAGCUGGAAUGCCCUCUCAGCUGUGCUCGGGUAAAUCACUGCUACGAUUGGGAGGGGUGUGGAAAUAAGAGUUCACAUUUACCGCAAAAUGAGAAGAAAGGCCCAUUAAAAAGCAUGUGUAAAAGUUGGGUAUGAGCCGUUUUCACCACGCUGCCUUUUUUUAAAUAUCUGUUAAUACAAAUGGACAAUAUAUCUUGAUUUUUUUAAAUCAAUUUUUUCAUUUUAAUGUUUUAAACCUUCCAAAGCUGCUGACAUGUAAACUGACUGAAUAAUGAUCUUAAGUCACUGACACCCCUUUUUAACCCUUGUGUUCUAAAGACACUUUAGUUUUGCUCAUGGUAUAACCUUAAUUCACCUGAAGCACGGCUGUUUCGAUUUUUUUUUUUUUUUUUUUUUUUUUUUUAGGGACUAAGCACUUAUUAAGAUUGUGAAUGUUUUUCAUGUUAAUUUCAGCUUUUAAAUGUAUACUUGUCGUUUUUGCAAAAGUACAGAUUUCUUUUUUAAAUGUAUUUUGGAAAUGAUGCAUCUGUAAAGCACUAUGCACCUGUAUUAGAAAUGUAUAUAUUGGUCUUGUAUAUUAACACCGGUUUUAGUGAAUUUGAGUGAUCCACCGUCCAGUUUUUGAGUCUUGCUUUUCCACCUUCAUGUUUACACUUUGUAUUUUAUGUGUUGCAUCAAUAUAAAUGAUGUCUAGCCUUUUUGCAUAAACGCCUCAUGAUCAUUUUUGUCUGGUGUCCUUUUACUCAUCUUUAUUUGAAGAAGUCUUGUGAAUUUCUGAGUGCAUAUCUGAGUAAAAGACAAUAGUUAGUAACUAUUUAACUUAUUUCACAGACUUGUCCCACAUUAAAAUGAGGGUUUGAGCUGUCUUCAAUUAUAAUAAAAUGCCCUGACACCAUGAAACUGAUGUUGCGAUUGACUACUUUUCUAUAUCGUGACUUGUAUUCGAGUGAAACGUCUUCUGAAAUUAGAAAAUUGUAGGGCUUGGCUUUGUUUUGUCUUUUUUUGAUUGGUUUGUUGUAAUUUGGGCC